UCUAGCUACCCAAUUCCUUCACACUCUAAAAAUGAACUCAAUUCCGACCCCAAUCGACCCAAUAAGCUGGUGGAUGUUUUCAAUUGAAGCCCUUGCACAUUUGGGAACAGAAAACUUGCUCAAUGGUUUCUUUUUCCUGGUCAUACUUGCAUCAUUUCUAUCUCUAACCCUCUUAACCUGGGCUUUUUCUAGAGGAGGCAUAGCCUGGAAAAAUGGCAGGAAUCAAAUGGGUCGGGUCUCGAUACCCGGACCACGAGGCCUCCCCCUCUUUGGUAGCUUAUUCAGCUUGAGCCAUGGCCUGCCUCAUCGUACCUUGGCUUGCAUGGCUUCUAGCCAUGCAGCCACUAAACUCAUGGCCUUCAGUUUGGGCUCAACCCCUGCUGUAAUCACUUCUGACCCUAAUAUUGCUAAAGAAAUCUUAACCUCUUCCCACUUCGCCGACCGCCCUAUUAAGCAAUCUGCUAAGUGCCUCAUGUUCAGCCGCGCUAUUGGUUUUGCACCAAAUGGAUCAUACUGGAGACUUCUGAGAAAAAUUGCGUCUGUUCACCUCUUCACUCCUAAACGCAUUGCCGCACACGAAGAUGGACGACAGUUUGAUUGUGCCACCAUGUUGAAGUCUAUUCAUAAUGAACAGACUCUUUGUGGAGUUGUUGGUCUAAGAAAACACCUACAAGCUGCUGCUCUAAACAAUAUCAUGGGCACGGUGUUUGGUAAGAGGUAUGAUGUUGCAUGCAAUAAUGCUGAAGCCAGAGAGUUGCAUGAGAUUGUUAGAGAAGGGUUCGAGCUUUUGGGAGCUUUCAAUUGGUCUGAUUAUCUCCCAUGGCUGAGCAGCUCUUAUGAUCCUUUUCGUAUUAAGAAUCGAUGUGCAUCGCUUGUUCCUCGAGUUAGAAAAGUGGUUGUGGAAAUUAUUGAGGAGCACAGACUUGAUAAAUUUGAAAGGGUUUGUGAUAACUCCGAUUUUGUUGAUGUCUUGCUUUCUUUGGAUGGAGAGGAGAAGCUUGAGCUGGAUGACAUGGUGGCCGUCUUAUGGGAAAUGAUAUUCCGUGGAACUGAUACGACUGCACUUUUGACUGAGUGGGUCAUGGCUGAGUUGGUUUUGAACUCGGAUGUGCAAGCCAAACUUCGCCAUGAACUUGACCUAGUUGUGGGAAAGAAAGUUCUCAAUGAAGCAGACGUGGCCAACUUACCCUAUCUCCGAGCUGUGGUUAACGAGACUCUACGUCUACACCCACCUGGGCCCCUCCUAUCAUGGGCCCGGCUGUCAACGUCGGAUGUCCAACUCAGCAACGGCAUGGUGGUCCCUGCAAACACCACCGUCAUGGUCAACAUGUGGGCCAUCACCCAUGAUCCAAACAUAUGGGAAGAGCCCUUGGUGUUCAAGCCAGAAAGGUUCUUGAAGAGUGAGGGUGGUGCUGACAUGGACGUGAGGGGAGGGGACCUUAGGCUUGCACCAUUUGGGGCAGGUCGUAGGGUUUGUCCUGGUAAAACCCUAGGGCUCGUGACAGUGAGCCUUUGGGUGGCUAAGUUGGUGCACCAUUUCAAUUGGGUUGAAGAUGUGGUUAGUAACCCAGUUGAUCUAAGUGAGGUGUUGAAGCUUUCAUGUGAGAUGAAGAACCCUCUCACAGCUGUGGCUGUUCGAAAUGAAGGAGUGACUUUCAAGUGAUUUGAGUAAGGGUUUAAUAAGGAGCCAAAUGUGGUAUAAGAUGUUAUGGCUUUUCAUAGGUUUGCCAAUGUGGCAAAUGUUGAGAGUGAGUGAGUUAAGUGAAGAAUAAAGCAGCUAAGGUCGCAUUAAAAAAAAUAAAGCAGCUAAGGUUUGUCUAGCUUGUGUUGUUUACCCAUAAUUAUGUAGAAAAAAUUGGUGUUUAAGCUGCUAGCUAGACGCGUUGGUGUCCCUUUUGC